GGCAUUCUUGAGCUUUUUCACAACGCGAAGCAAGGCGCCCCGGUAGAUGCAUACACAAUCUCGAACCACUCACGACUCAACCUCAGUCUCAAUCUCGACCUCAACCUCACUUAGACUCUCUUGACCCACAGACUCAAUUCCUCUCAUUGAGCAUCACAUCAAACAUGUUGAAAUCAGCAAUCACAAAACCUCGAGUGAUUUUCUCGGGCAUCCAACCAACGGGCAUACCUCACCUAGGAAAUUAUGCAGGCGCACUUCGACAAUGGGUUAAGCUACAAGAAAGCCAUACAGAAGACAAACUCAUCUACUCUAUCGUAGAUCUCCACGCCAUCACAACACCUCAGCCGGCGGAUGUGCUAAGAAAGAGCAAGAGGGAGGCAUUAGCUGCCUUGUUGGCCAUCGGCAUUGAUCCUGAGAAAGUGACUUUGUUCUAUCAGUCUUCUGUGCCCGCUCAUUCAGAACUCAUGUGGAUUCUCAGCUGUACAGCAUCCGUUGGAUAUCUGUCAAGAAUGACACAGUGGAAAAGCAAACUCAAUAUAAGUGACAAGUCGAACAUGAACGACAAAGCAGCCAGCAAUCUCAAGCUCGGCCUGUUCUCAUAUCCCGUUCUUCAAGCUGCCGAUAUUCUUGUACACAGAGCAACUCAUGUUCCCGUUGGUGAAGAUCAGAGACAACAUCUUGAGUUUGCGCGAGAGUGUGUAACAAACUUCAACGCAGCUUAUGGAAACCAUCUAGUAUCUCCUCAAACUACCACCUCCCCUGUCCAAAGAGUCAUGUCUCUCCAGAAACCAACAGAGAAAAUGUCAAAAUCCAGCAAGUCACCCAAAUCACGCAUUGGCAUCAUCGAUAGCCCCGAAGAGAUCAAGGCCAAAAUCCAAGCUGCAACAACAGACUCCAUCCCAGGGAUAAGUUAUAACAGAGAAGAACGACCAGGAAUCUCGAAUCUGCUGGACAUCAUGGCAAUUUUCGAUCCCAAGGGGAGAAAGGCCCAAGAGCUUGGAGAGCAGUACAAUGAUCUUUCACCGAAGCAGCUCAAGGAGAUGGUUAGUGAUGCCGUCAUUGGUGGUUUAGAUGGGAUUAGGGACCGAUAUACUGAGCUGCUGAAAAAGGGGGAUGGGUACCUUGAUUCGAUCGAGGCGAUUGGCGCUGAAAAGGCACGCAAAAGUGCUAAGGAAACCAUGCAGGUUGUCCGAGAGGCUGUUGGGCUAUAAAAAAAUUCCACGUAAAUCAUUUGUACAUUAGACUUGCUGCUUUGAAAACUAUGGUUAGGAGACGACGAGCUGUGUCUUUUAAAAGAGAUGGUAGCGGGAUACUAAUAGAUCAACGCACCCAACUGAUCACACCAAGAUCGUUAUGAAGUUAAUAUGAAGAUCAUUUUGUGAAGAUUCAUCUUUCCAUAUUAUGAUAUGUAUUUGCAG